AUAGAGAGAGAGAGGGAGAGAGUAAAAACCGAGCUCCAUCAGUUAGACCUCAUCAGUUUGGUCUUGACUAAGCAGAGCUCAGUCGUCUUCUCCUCUCGUUCACACUGAAGUAAAGAGUUUCAUCGGAUUUAAUUGGACAACAAAUCAAAGGAGGAAACAGAAAAACAUACAACAGAUUUUCCCAGAAGAGAGUCCAGAAUCACCCAAGUUCAUCUGAGAACCCCUAACACCCUCUCUGCUCAGCACUGGUCUGCUCUGGCGUCAACCUUGAGGACCUCUAGAGCCUCUAGGACUUACUCCAGCGCUGAUUCUGGAGUUACAGUUGUGGGGUUUUAGAGGGGGUUCUGGACUCAGAACAGGUUCUGGAGCUGAUUCCCAGAUUAUUUCCUGUGUUGAGGUUCCAAACCGGGUUCUAGAAUCUCAAAGGAGUUCUAGAAUCACAGAGGGUUCCUGAAUCAGUUCCAAAGUCUGCUCUUGACUUGUCAGAGUUUUAGAAUGGGACCUAGAUUGGGUCCUAGGUCUAUACCCAUGCCUGGCACAUUUAUUGUGGUUAUUUGGUGUUUGGUGUUUGCCACUCCAGUCAGUUGCCAGGGCAACUCAUCUGAGACAUCUCUAUCAGAUCUGAUGAUUUUGGACCUGCCUAAUUUCCACAGCACUGACACACCUCUUGGACCUGGAGUGGACCAUCUUAUCCAGACCUCGGACCAAGAGCCACAUCUGGUGCAAGAGACUGUGAAGAAGCCCCUGUCAGCCCUGGAGCCUGGACAAGAAAAGUUUAAACACGCGAGCCAGUUGAAACACAAACAUGAAAGAAAUCCUCAUUCGUCUUCCUCCAACUCAACUCCAGCAGUUCGUAUGCAGGUGCCCCCUCACUGUGUUGAUGAGACAUCAAUAAAAACAGUCUUCAAGUACAUCAACACGGUGCUGUCCUGUGCAAUCUUUGCUGUGGGGAUCAUUGGAAAUGUCACCCUGCUAAGGAUUAUCUACCAAAAUAAGAGCAUGAGGAAUGGACCCAAUGCUGUCAUAGCCAGCCUGGCCCUAGGAGACCUGAUAUACAUUGCCAUCGACAUACCAAUACAGGUCUAUAAGCUCCUGGCCGGCCGGUGGCCGUUUGUCGACAGUGAUUUUGGCCUGUUCCUCUGCAAACUCUUCCCCUUCCUCCAAAAAGCGUCAGUUGGCAUCACCGUCUUCAAUCUGUGUGCUCUAAGUGUGGACAGGUAUCGUGCGGUGGCGUCCUGGUCUCGGGUACAGGGCACAGGUGUUCCAAUGGUAACGGCGGUGGAGAUAGUGAUGGUCUGGCUGCUGUCCAUGGUGCUGGCUGUACCAGAGGCCAUCGGCUUCAGCAUAGUCACCUUUGAGUACAGAAACACAACCAUUAGGACCUGCAUGCUGCAGCCCAAGUCAAAUUUGUCAGAUUUCAUGAAAUUCUACCAGGAUGCAAAGGACUGGUGGCUGUUUGGCCUCUACUUCUGCAUUCCUCUGACCUGUUCUGCUGUUUUCUACGGGCUGAUGACCUGCGAGAUGCUCAGACACCAGAAAGGAAGUCUGAGGAUCUCAUUUAGCGAACACCUUAAACAGCGUAGAGAAGUAGCAAAAACUGUGUUCAGCCUGGUGUUGAUCUUUGCUCUGUGCUGGUUCCCGCUGCAUCUGAGUCGCCUGCUGAAGUGGACCAUCUACAAACCCCAUGAUGUGAAGCGCUGCGACUUAUUAAAUUUCCUGUUGGUGCUGGACUACUUCGGUAUAAACAUGGCUACCAUCAACUCCUGCAUCAAUCCCAUAAUCCUCUUCUUUGUCUCCAAGAAGUUCAAAAACUGCUUCAAGUCCUGUCUGUGCUGUUGGUGUUAUUCUGGCUCUUUCUCUAACAGUAUGCUGCCCCUCAAUCAUGGGACGAGUCUGCAGUACAAACACAGUGACCACUGAAAGAGAGAGAGAGAGAGUAAACAACUACAUCUUCAUUUUCACCAUCACCUC